AGUACCUAUCUGGUGCCUCAAUUGAGGACAAAACGCGGAAAUGCGUGACGACUAUAGCUAUCCCUUUCACUUAUUAAAACUUGACAUCUCAGUCUGAGUCUCAGUUCCUCAUCUUUUUCUUCCCUCACAAAUUUUCAGGAUUUGAAGCAUGGCAGAUUCAAAAUCAGGAUUGAGGAAGCCCGUAUUCACCAAGGUGGAUCAGCUUCGCCCUGGGACAAGUGGGCACACUUUAACUGUGAAGGUGGUCAAUGCUAAGAUGGUGAUGCAGAAAGGUCGUUCUGAUGGUCCUCAGUCCCGUCAAAUGCGAAUUGCUGAAUGUUUGGUUGGUGAUGAGACUGGAAUGAUCAUAUUCACUGCCAGAAAUGAUCAAGUGGAUUUGAUGGAAGAGGGUGCUACUGUGAUCCUGCGAAAUGCCAAAAUUGACAUGUUCAAAGGAUCAAUGAGGCUUGCUGUGGACAAGUGGGGCCGAGUGGAAGUGAAAGAACCUGCUAGUUUCACUGUUAAGGAAGAUAACAACUUGUCUCUCAUCGAGUAUGAACUUGUGAAUGUUGUUGUAGAAUGACUUGUUGGGACAUCCUGGAAUUUCUAAUGAGAAUAAAACAAAUCCAGCAAAGAAAUCUAGCUUUGUUUCUUUUUGUAUCCGAGACAUCUAAUCAUAGGAUUUGAGAAGCCAGUAGUAUCAACAGUUGCUUCUUACUGUUGCAGCAAACUAUGGAUCUUGUAGCUUCAACCACUGAACAGAUACAUGUGUAAGUGCAGCAAGAAAAUGGGAACUGGUUUCCAGAUCAUACUUUUUUGUUAUGCUAUCUAUUGAUAUUUUAGAUUAUAUCUAUCUUCAUCUACCAUGGA